UGGGCCCGCACCGGGACAGCACCGCCAUGCGCCAGCCGGCAACGGCAGUUCACCCACGACCGCGCCGCUGCGAACACCUUCAAAUUUUGCACUGCACUCCUCGGGAUUCGUAAAAACCAGCCUUCGCGAGCUCCUCCAUCGUCAUGUCUCAGCCAUCGUGGACAGUUGACACCUGCUGCGGGUGCAUCGACCUCCGCACCGGGUGUCUGAUCAUCGGAUACCUCAGUCUGGUGGGGGAGAUCAUAUAUAUAAUUUCGGGUCUGGUGCUACUGGUCGGUGGCAGCAUAGUGACAGCGCAGGGUGAAACUGAAAUGGACAGGAAUUUAGGUAUCACGUUAAUUGCCAUCGCAAUCGUCUUCCUUGUCAUCGUCCUUUUCAUGUUGAGCUUCACCAUCGUGCUUCUCGUCGGCGUGCACAAGAACAAGAAAGGACAUGUAAAGGUGUACUUGAUCUGCAUGGUGGUGGUAUUGGUGCUCGGCGUCCUCGUGACUCUGGCCUCUUUCGCCGGUAAAAUCGACGUCGGCGUUACCAUCUCGCGCAUUGUUGGAUUCAUGAUCAGCAUAUACUUCCUGCUGGUCAUUCGGAGCUACUACUACAAGAUGGACGACCGAAAGCCCGCCGUCUACAACACCGCCUAAGUUGGCGCCAUGCAGCCUCUGCUCUACUCUUAAGCCUAGGUUACACCCCCGCUCUCGAUUAAGACGCCGCCGUAUUGUGUGCGUGUAUCUUUGAUUACCGUCAGAUCAUCCUGUCUGAUUCAUAUUUCUAUUCUACAUUGUUUCAAAUCAAAGAACAUAUAAACGCAAUAACGUUUACCAUUGCCUCAGCGCACAGCUGUGAUGCAAUAAGUUUAUGAAAACCGGUACCUCCGACUACUAGUUGUUGCGUACUUGCAUGUACGGGUAGAAAAAGGCAUUUAAUUUUAUUUCAUUACAUUUUAUUGGAAUCGAGACAUACGUGUCCUUAUAAGUGUUAUUCGAGUACCAAAAUCCAUUGGGAAUGAGAAGGACCCACCUUUGUGCGAAAUUACUUUAUUAGCAAUUUAAACACCUGUAACUUUCGCUUGGACGCACACCGUUAUGUUUAAAGCUUGUUUGUUCUGGUUAGUAUUAUGUACUUUUUGCUACUUGACAGUUGAAAACACAAACGUCCUCUGUGGCCGCGCUACGGGACGCGUCUCGUUCGCUUCAAUAUAAGUUUUAAGGUUAAGCUCGUAAACGGCUGUGCAGCCGGUAAACGCUUGUAAUCUAUUAUAUAUUCUUUUCUUGCACGGCGCAUGAUAGGUUUAUAACAUUGCAAAAUGACUUGGGGACUUAUGAAUUACCUACAUAUUUUCCUUAUCGAUAUUAAUUAAGGCUUUGAAUGUUCCAGCAAAGUCGGACAUAGUGAACUAUUUGGUUUUUCAACAUUUAAAAUGUCUUGAAGUUUUUUGUAGGUAAUGUUAAAAUUACUUUACGAACGAUUUAUUCACUUUAAAAGUUAAAAUACCAAAUACUUAUAUACUAUACUUCUUUAUAUAAUGUUGUAUUUAAGUAUAUUUUCUAUUUAAGCAAGACUGCGCAGUGCCCGCGAGAUGGAUAAUUUUAUUUACCUCGUUCUAUAGAACUCCCUCGACUGCACUGUGGUGAUUGCCAUAGCAUUUAUUUUUGCACUUAAACUAAACAUUGAAAUGUACUACAAAAGCAAGAAUACUUUAUGAAUGUUACGUUUCGAGUUAGCAGCUCUGUUUAGAACCUACAAACAAGAACUUCUUGUUUGUGGUGUUCUUUAGCAGACAAUUAAUGACUACAUUGAAUUUAAUACGUCAAUUACCAUAACGCCUUCAAAAAAUAUACAAAGUAUAUUUUUGUAACAGC